UGUAACCAAUGAGGUGGUAGAUUGCAUGGCUAACCAGGAAGUGUUUCGAGACUGCCGGUGGCUGCAUGUUGUGGUGAAUAGGUGAAGAUGAACAAGGAUUUGCAAGAUUCCCAUGAACCCCAACCGCUUUCGAUGGCAGAACAGGUGACUGAAGCAACGGCAUCUGGGGUGUUCUGUAGUAGAAUACUCAAUAUGGUAAAUUCAGAGGACGUUAAUGCUAUCAUCCUAGCUCAGAGACACAUGCUUGAUCGUUUUGAGAAAACCAAUGAAAUGUUGCUCAAUUUCAAUGGUCUCUCAAACACACGAUUGCAACAGAUGAGUGAUAGGUUUGCACAUCACACCAGGACACUGGUGGAAAUGAAGAAAGACUUGGACAUCAUCUUUAGAAGAAUCAGGAUGUUAAAAGGGAAACUAGCAAAGCAAUAUCCAGAGUCUUUCAACAAUGUUCAUGAAUCUCCCAUCCUAGAAGAUGAUGAUGAUUUUGACCCAACCCCAAGAAGUGCUGCCACAACUAUUGCCACAUCAGAGCAAAGCACAGAGUCCUGUGACACAAGCCCCUCUAUUAUUUCACCUGCUAUGAGCCAAGACUUUGAGGACUUAUCCCAGGCACCUUCUGACACUCCAUCUGUCAAUGGGCAGAUUCUGACAGAUGAAGAGGUGGUCCAUGAGGAUUAACAGACUAGAGGGUGGAAGCAAUUUCUAAAUUAUGGUUGUGUGCUCUUCUUCAACCUCCAGCACAAUGCAUUGUCAUCCUUCUGCCACCAAGGAGUUCUUGUUAUGCUGCCUGGAAAUAAGCACCCUGCAUUGUCUAAUUACCCUAAGAAGCAAAACAUGGAUCAGUGUAGAGGAAAAGGGUGGUUGAUACAAGAUUUAAGUUUGAGCUAGCUCUUCCCAGGACUCUUAGCUAUUGAUUUUUGGAAAGUUAUUCCUGCACUUUCAGCUUGCUAUUGGUACCAUUACUGCAGAUGCUACCACCCACCUCUCCCUCCAUGUGCUUUUUUUGAACACAUGCUGGUACUUGAAACUUUUUCUUUCCCUUUUUGGUCAACCAUUCUCUUACAUUGUUUUUGCUGCUGCACUUUAACUAGCAUUUAUUCUUAAUUUUGUGCCCAUUCCAUGUUUCUAGCAUCAGCUUACCUUUCUUUUAAUUCCCUGUGUCUUUUGAUCUUUUUGUCUUUUUGCCAUAUUUGCCAUAAUUGUAUGUAGUUCCUGUACAUCUGGUUAAAAAAAUACUGCAGGGAAUUUUAAUUUUUUUUUUCCUGAACAGCACAAUCACAAAUUUGAUCCUUUCCUCAUUGAUUGCAUUUAAUGUUUUAUAAGCUCAAGCCUUGGGUCACACAGUUUAAUGUAGACCGACUUAAUGCUUUGUGAGAAUACCUGAAAGGAAUUUUUUAGAAGCUUGAAAAAGGGAAGAAAAAAAUUAAAAGCAAAAGAUUUAACUUAUCCCAAGAAGGUAUCCGCAUAUCUUUAGAGCACAUAUCUGUAUCUGCUUGAAAAGGAAGUGUUAUUUGUUCUUACAAAAUCAUGGUAUUUAGCACUUAUUUAAUUAUUAAUUUUUUUUAAGCUUUUUCAGCAUCCCUUACAAUAAAAUUAAAUUAUUUGUAACAAAUAUUUGCUGGCUCAGAUAUAAAAAA